AUGGAGAGCCCCGAGGCUUGGCCCCAGGUGCUGGGCCGCUCCUUCCCCAACAGCUCCAACUUCUUCCUCAAUUACGUCAUCAUGAGGGCCUUCCUCAUGAACAUGUUCAGGUGGGACGGUGUGCUUGUGUUUGUGCUCAUCAUGCCCCACGGCGGCAUGUGGCGCUGGAUUGGCCAGAUGCUCUUCACGGGCUGCACCGGCGUCGGCCACGCCGCGACGGAGCGCUACCGGGCCUUCAUCACGUACCCCGCAUCCAUAAGGUAUGGCCGCGAGCCCGGACUGGUGUUGCUGAUCCUUUUGAUCGGCGUCGCCUUCAGCGUCGUGGCGCCGCUGAUGACGCCAUUUGCCCUGGCCUACAUGGCCACGUCCUGGGUGGUGUGGCGCUAUCAGAUCAUAUACGUGUGCGUGAGGUGCUAUGAGAGCGGCGGGCGCAUGUGGACCCUCUAUUUCAAGAUCAUCAACUGGUGCCUGGCUCUGUUUGUGGUGUUCACCGCCUGCAACUUCCUCCUCAAGAAGGCCAACAUCCAGGGCGUCCUGGCCCUCUGCCUGCUGCCUGCGAUCUUCUUCUUCGCCCACCGCUGCAGCCUGCGCUUCGACGCCGCCGUCGAGUCCAUGCCGCUGUGGCUGGCGCACGCGGCGCCGCGCAUGGAGGUCGAUCCGCAGGUUUACGUGGCGCCCGCACUGCGGCCGGGGGCGCGGGGGUGGUUCUUUGAGUCCGGCAAGGCGUGGGUGCGGUGGGGCGUGCCCAUGUUUGGGGAGCGCCCCGAGCGGCGGGAAAAGUAA